AUGAGUGGUGAGGUGAUCCAGCGAAAGUCGGUCUCUCCAUUGAAGCAAGCCAGUGUCGGAGAAAAAAAGAGUGCUGAAGUCAGCAAAGCGGACAAAAGCGUCAGAACCUCAAAGGAAAAGCAGGCUUCUCGCCAUCAGCGCAAAGCCAGAAAAAAUGUUUCGUACGUGGAUCGCUACUCAGUGCUCUUGUCGAUCCUAUUCUUCGCCCUGCUGUAUGUCGUGAGCCUUUUCAAUCCUGCUUUGACACGUAAGUUCACUACCCUCCAGUACCGAUAUUCCGGCCUGGAGGACGCGUAUGACAUUGGGAUCGACGAUGCUUAUGUGGUUGUGACAUGUAUUGUGGCUCUGGUUUUGGUUCGCUCGUGCUUGCUUGAGUUUGUACUAAAACCAAUUGCUCUGAGCAAGUUCCACAUUAGAUCCCAAAAAUCCCAACAACGAUACGCGGAGCAAGGCUGGUCUUUAGUGUACUAUACGUUCUCGUGGGUCUAUGGAUUUUACCUGUACUAUAACUCGCCAUAUUUUCUAGAUUGUGACCACAUUUAUUUGGAGUGGCCUCAUGACAGUCUCUCGGGAACUUUUAAGCUCUAUUAUCUCCUACAAAUGGCAUCAUGGCUACAACAGAUUUUGGUCCUGAAUGUAGAGGAGAGACGCAAGGAUCACUGGCAAAUGUUUGCGCAUCAUAUCAUCACCUGCCUGUUGACACUGGGAUCCUAUUACUACUAUUUCAAUCGGAUCGGUCACGUCAUCCUCAUCAUGAUGGACAUUGUCGACGUGCUUCUAUCCAGCGCCAAAAUGUUGAAAUACUGCGGAUUUACCACUGCUUGUGAUUAUAUGUUUGCCGUUUUCUUGGUGUUUUGGGUCUUACUGAGACAUAUUGCUUACAACUACAUUUUCUAUCAUGCUGGGACUAAGGCCCCUCGGUUAAUGGCCAAUGGGGAAUGCGUCGCUUCUGCAGUACAGAAAAGAUGCUGGACACCCAUGAUCAUUGAUGUGUUUUUAUGGUUACUAGGAGGUUUGCAGGUUAUUACUAUCAUAUGGAUGGCCCUGAUUUUGAAGGUUUUGAUUAAAAUUAUAAAAGGCGGCAGCGCCGAAGAUGUCAGGAGUGACGCGGAAGAUAGUGACUGA